GAUUUCAAACAACAGAAAAUGUAGCAGCAAACAAAAAAAGGAUAUCUUGGAAAUAGGUCAUUUUCCCGUCACAGAAGCGACUGAGAAACGGUGCGGUGAGAAAAUACAUCGAGACAGACCACCAGCACAUGUAUGCGCUAAACGCAGCCUCUCCGCACGUCGAAGGAAUGAUUAUGAGAUAUUUCUUGCUUUAACGUCUACCUGCACGCCUGAAGAGACCCACCAGUUGUUUCGGAUACAGUCGCGGAUUACAAACUGGCGAGCUUAAAAGCUCAUGAGAUACGACUGUGAAAAAAGGGGGUACCUUUCUUGUGGAUGUGCGACGUGUAUCAUUGCUUGUCUUAGAUGCGAUGUACGCAGGAACUGACUUAUCCAGGAAGGCUGUUGAUGCGGUGCCUGUGGAUUUCUCCUUAUGACUGCUUGCUGCACACAUCUUCAAAGAUAACCAGCUUCAUGGAUACUCCAAUUCACAGAUGGGGACCACAAUCCUAUAAACUAUGAAUAUUAAACAAGAUGACAUCCUACGUACAGGAGCAGAUGAUGAGAGGUCCUAGGUGGAACACACCCCUGAACAGCCCCCUCUUUGUGCUGCUGGUGCUUGCCCUUCAGCUGCUGGUGGUGGCGGGUCUGGCACGAGCCCAGACCUGUCCGUCAGUCUGUUCCUGCAGCAACCAGUUCAGCAAGGUCAUUUGCACCCGCCGUGGACUGAAGGACGUUCCUGAUGGAAUUUCAACCAACACACGUUACCUGAACCUCCAGGAGAACCUCAUCCAAGUCAUCAGGGUGGACAGCUUUAAUCACCUGCUGCACCUCGAGAUCCUGCAGCUGAGCAAGAAUCACAUCCGUAGUAUUGAGAUUGGCGCUUUCAAUGGAUUGGCCAACCUCAACACACUGGAACUGUUUGACAACCGCUUAACUACCAUUCCCAAUGGGGCCUUUGAAUACCUCUCCAAGUUGAAGGAGCUCUGGCUGAGAAAUAAUCCCAUUGAGAGCAUCCCCUCCUAUGCCUUCAACCGGGUGCCUUCCCUGAGGAGAUUAGACCUGGGUGAGUUGAAGCGUUUAUCUUAUAUCUCUGAGAGGGCCUUUGAGGGCUUAAGCAACCUACGUUACUUGAACCUGGGCAUGUGCAACCUGAAAGAGAUCCCCAACCUUCUCCCCUUAGUGAGACUAGAUGAGCUGGAGAUGUCUGGUAAUCAGCUCUCUGUCAUUCAGCCUAGCUCUUUCAAAGGGCUGGUCCACCUGCAAAAACUGUGGAUGAUGCAUGCCCAGAUUCAUACCAUUGAGAGAAACUCCUUCGAUGAUCUGCAAUCACUGGUAGAGCUAAAUCUGGCCCAUAACAACCUCACUUUCCUGCCCUAUGACCUUUUUACCCCCCUGCACCAUCUGGAGAGGGUGCAUUUGCACCACAACCCCUGGAACUGUAACUGUGAUAUCCUGUGGCUGAGCUGGUGGUUGAAAGAGAUGGUGCCAGCUAAUACCAGCUGUUGUGCCCGCUGCAGCUCACCCUCCAGCCACAAGGGUCGUUACAUUGGGGAGCUGGACCCAAACUAUUUUCAUUGUUAUGCCCCCGUUAUUGUGGAGCCUCCUACAGAUGUAAAUGUGACAGAAGGCAUGGCCGCAGAGCUGAGAUGCCGUACAAGCUCUUUGACUUCCAUCAGCUGGAUUACUCCAGAUGGCUCCAUCAUAACACACGGAGCGUACAAAAUACGCAUCGCAGUGCUUAAUGAUGGAACACUAAACUUUACCAAUGUCACAGUGCAGGACACAGGUACCUACACCUGCAUGGUGAGCAAUUCAGCAGGCAACACUACGGCGUCAGCUGUGCUUAACGUGUCUUCACUAGAGAACAGCGGUUUUAGCUACUUCACAACGGUUACCGUAGAGACUACUGAGCUGUCUGACAAUGAAGAGAGGACUCCUGGGCGGCACAACCGGAGGCCCACCCCUUUCUCUAGUGGAUGGAAGACCUCCACUGUACAGACACCCUUCUCCACCAAAAGCACGGAAAACGGCUAUUCCGUUACUGACACAGAUGUCAUUCGUGGCUCUGUGAAUGGGCUGGAUGAGGUGAUGAAGACGACCAAGAUCAUCAUUGGUUGUUUUGUGGCCAUCACUCUGAUGGCUGCUGGUAUGCUUGUCAUCUUUUAUAAAAUGCGUAAACAGCACCACCAGCAGAGCCACCAAUCUCCCACUCGGACCAUUGAGAUCAUCAACGUAGAUGAGGACCUGACAGGGGGACCAGCUUUGGAGACGCAGCUGUCGCUACCUCCUCUGGAGCAUGAGCACCUCAACCACUACAAUUCAUAUAAGACUAUGUACAACCAUGCCUCUGCUCUCAAAUCCUUGCACAGUUCUGGGCAUGAACCUUUGCUAAUCCGAACCACCUCAAAAGACAAUGUACAAGAGACCCAAAUUUGAUUCUUUUCAUGAAAGGAAACUUAAAAUGGACAUGCAUAACUAGUAAGCUUGGAGUGAAGCAGUAUGUGAUGACAAUAAUUGCUUCAAGAACUGUGGUAUAUCUCCAUUUCAAAAGUCUUUAAAAA